CCGCCCACCCAGUUACACACAGCAUGUAAACAGUCCCCGCCGGGAGGAGCCCCGGGAGCGGAGGGAACCCGCGCCGCCCGGCCCCGCCGCCUGCCCCACAGCCCGAGGAGCCGCGCGCUGCCCGCCCGGGAGGAGGGCGCCCGAGAAGAGGAGGGCGGGCGGCGGAGGGAGCGGGAGGCGGGUGGCGCGCGAGGAGGCUGAGGGAGCGGCGGGCGCGGCGGGCCAGGAUGGAUUUCCAGCAGCUGGCUGACGUUGCGGAGAAAUGGUGCUCCAACACGCCCUUCGAGCUCAUCGCCACCGAAGAGACCGAGCGCAGGAUGGAUUUCUACGCAGACCCCGGCGUCUCCUUCUACGUGCUGUGUCCGGAUAACGGCUGCGGGGACAAUUUUCACGUGUGGAGUGAGAGCGAGGACUGCCUGCCUUUUUUGCAGCUAGCACAGGAUUACAUCUCCUCCUGCGGCAAGAAGACGCUCCAUGAAGUCUUGGAAAAAGUCUUCAAGUCUUUCAGACCUUUACUGGGGCUUCCAGAUGCAGAUGACGACGCGUUUGAAGAAUACAGUGCAGAUGUGGAAGAGGAGGAGCCAGAGGCCGACCACCCCCAAAUGGGGAUCCUUCUACAUCUCUGGUUCAAAUAACAUAGGAUGCAGAUUGCCUCUUUUACAACACUCGACUCAACAUAACAUCUGGGAUGGACCUGUUUUUAACAUGCAUACACGUGCCUGCGGGGGCGUCAAAGUUUUGGAUGGAAAAAAAAAAAAAAAAAAAAGCAGCAGCAGCAGAGGCCACGGAGCUGAUGGGAGCCUUGUAUAUCUUCCAGGCAUGUCGAUGUCAACCUGAUUAUCUCAACAUUUUCUGUUUAAUUGAUUGGUGCUGUGAGGCGCACAGCUGCUCGUGGUAAAACGGGGUCCUGCAGUGUUCAGUCAUUGGGUAAAAUAAUAUAGUGGUUUCCAUCUGUGCUUCAGUUACCACGUUUGUUUUUCUUCUUGGAAAAACCUAUUAAAGGUUAACUUCAAGUGAAAUGAAUUUCCUUCUGAGUAGCCUGUUAACAAAACAAACCUUGGGGGUUUAUCCAGUGGGGCAGGCGGCUCGUGCUGCCCAGUCCCUUGCUGGUGUUCUUAUUGGCUGCGUACCUGAGCACAGGUGACUGGAAGCUACACCUCCAGGAGGCAGGGCCCUGGUCUCUAAACGCGCCCAAAACAUGACUUCUGCCACCGACCUCCAGAAGCUUGACUAGCUUGCUCCAUUCAAAGGUAAACUGGAGUUUUGUAUGCAAAGGCUUAAAAUCUGAAUUUACGUAUGUUUGGAAGUAGGGUGGACAUGAGCAUAAAAUUUAUUUGAUCAAAAAGGUGUUUAAGUUUUGAUCAAACGCAUUGCUGUAGUAUUAUGUUAAUGUGCUCGGUUUAUAAAAAUUGAGCUGAGAUGGACUCAGCCCUUCAGGGAGCCAGGGAGAAAUCCGGUUUUUGUUCUGCCCCAGGGCGAGGGGAGAACAUCGCUGUGUGUUACUUAUUUUUGCGGCGAAGCCCCAAAAGGUGCUUGCAAAUCGGAUUGUUUCCUCUGAAGCUUCGUUUCCAAUGUGCACCUCCCCGCCAGUGCUGGCACCUCCCCGCCAGUGCUGGCACCUCCCCGCCAGUGCUGGCUGCUGACACACACGCACACGUGCACGCUAACGGUCCUCGCAGCGCGGAUUUUCUCUUGGGGUCGCGCGUGGCUUCAGAGCAGAGCUUCCCCUGGCCGGUCAGGGGUGCAGGCAGCCUGUGGUUCUUGUUAUCGAAAUGGUUCCCUGGCUAGACAGGUCCCAGACUCACGAACACGUAAACACACCUACCGAGAGGCAGUGUGGGGCCCCGGGGGGAGUGUAGACCCAGGCCUGGGAGAGAGACCUGGGUUUAGUCCUGACCCUGCCAGGGCCCGCGUGCCCUUGGGGAAGUCACUUCACUAGCGAGAAGUGGGGUUGUUUGAUCUUCCUGCUUUAACCACUGUCCUUCCUUAACCGCCUUACCGUGUGUGUGUGUGUGUGUGUGUGCGCGCGUGUGUGUAAAGCAACAAUCAAGGACACUUUUCAGGCAGUGCAAAGGAAGUACAUGUUGAAUCUUACUGUCCUUAGGAUCCUGGCCCAGGAUGACCUUAGAACAUGUUUGUGCUGGUCUGUGAGUGUCUGAAGCCUCCAGGAGUGAUGCUGAGGGGCUGGCGAGAUUCGUUCCUUGGGCGAGGGGGCCAAGGAGGGCCCCAGAGAUGUGGAAGGCAAGCAUGCCCCAGUUGCGCACCCUCCGCUCGGAAGGCCUGGAAUCUCUUUGUGUCCUGACGGUCUGGGGCUUUGGAGGUAGAAUGAGCUUGACUGGGAGGAGGACAUGGGCAUGAAGAAUGGCUGGAAGAGAGUGGAAGAGGAGAGCUUUUUGGCCGUGUCAUCCAGCAGAGACAAAGAGAGUAGUAGAGAAAGUGUGUGUGUGUGUGUGUGUGUGUGUGUGUGUGUGUGUGUGUGUGGAUAGGGGAGCGAAUGCUUGUUGCUCCUGGUAGGUUAGCUGUGAAGUCAUGCCUAUGAUAACAUUCCAGAACCUUGAUCCCAGGUUUGAGUGCAUCACAGAGACAACUUUUUUUUUUUUUUUUUUUUUUUUUCCGGCUCCUUUCGGUUACUCUUCGGUGCCUGGUGAUCAUACCGAGCAGACUCUGGGGAGUCAGAGAGCAAAUUCUGUUGGGAGGUGAGAUGCCCACACCAUGCCUGCCACCGCCCUGGGCACUGCAGGGUCCCCUCAAGCCUCUGGGCUCCCAGCUGCUCCCAGUGCUCUUCCCCGUGCCUCGCACAGGAAUCGUCUCCUGUUUAGAGAUUCUCCUUGGGUCCUAUGCCAGACUGAGGCCUCCAGUGUUCUUAAGUGUCUCACCUGUCGUGGUCACUGUCAGUUUCCACACAGGAGCAGAGACCCUUCCCCAGCACAAGUUCACCUCUAAACAUUGCUUCUGUUUCCUGAGAGCACAAAGCGUGUGGAUCUAGGGGAGCUGUGAUACUAGAGCGUCACGGGCCCUUAUAUGUUAGGAAUCUGCCUUGCGUAUUAAAAGAUCAAAUUGGGGAGUUCCCGCUGUGGCAGUGGGUUAAGAACCUGGCAUUGUCUCUGAGGCGGCAUGGGUUUGAUCCCCAGCCUGGGAGUUUCCAUAUGCCGAAAAAUAGGUGUAGCCAAAAAAUAAAAAUAAAAUAAAAACGCUUUGGGAAGCUGUGGUAUGAUGACCAGAUCUGAUUUUCCGGGUUUGAGAGACAUAGGGGAGUAGGCAGAACUUAACCUGGGGCAGGAGGAGAUGAGGCAGAUAGAAUGGGGAGAGUUUAGGGUCUGACUGUUUAACAAUCAAUAAGCCAAGAGGCAGUUAUCCUGUCCAGUACAAGAGAACCGGUUUCCUGGCUGUCUUACUAGGAGCCAGCUUUCCUCAAAGAGACUACCUGCCUGUUGGGGGUGGCUUUGCGGCUUUAAAAAUGCCCCCCAGCCCAGGAGACAACAGGUGCCCUGCAAAUCUGGGAGUUCUAGUCCUCACCGAACCAGCUGCCAACCAGAGCGGUCUGUGUUUCCGAAGUGCCCACAGAUCUGACUGGGGCUCCAACCACCUGGCAGGCAGAACCGACUCAAACUUGACCUUGGUGUCAGCAAAGCGGGCCUAAGGGCAGAGCCCACCUGCUUCACCGCACUUCCAGGUUGUAGCACGAGCACAAUUAAAACUCAAGCAGAUCCCAGAUCCCUCUUCCCUUUAGUGAUAUUAACUCCAAAGAGAUGCCACUGCCUGACUGCUUAGUCUUCAGUUUGCCAGAGAAGCCUCAAUUUUCUAAAAAAUUCAAAACGAAUCCUCUCCCAUAAAGGCAUAGUCCAUUAGCUGGGUUUGGUGAUAGCAGGUGUGACCCGAAAGGCUGAAGUCUUUUAGAUUUUGUACAGAAAGUUUCUCAAACUUGCCACCAUGCCAGUAGCCACUGGUAUCCGUGGCAACGUGAUGUCCACGUUGAGCAAAUUGUUGAAAAUCAUGCGUGGUCUUUGAUAUUUUUAUUUCGAUUUGGAUGACGAAAACAGAGGAACUCUGAGCGUGUCACGUUGUUAGAAAGUCCCUUUAAAGCACAGUAGGGCUGAACAGGCAUACGUAGUUAAAAGCCGGCACCAGGCCACACAAAAAUAAACAUUUAAUUUGCUGAGAAGUGUGUAUUCAAGUUAUUCAGUACCCCAGAGAAAGCUGACAGUCUGUCCUUUGUAAAACUGCCGUUGCCUGUUUUUUUCCUUUGGUUUUGUUUUUGUUCAGAUUUUUUUUUUUUUUUAAACUCUAAGUACUUUCUGAUAGCUAAGCAGAUAAGAUACAUUGCAGACCUCUAUACCAAUGUCAGCUUUUUAGAGGAGAAAGUAAACUGUCAGUUCUCGGGAAAACUUGCAGCUCUCUAGGUACCCGUCUUAAUUUGUGUAAGAGAGCAGCGUUUGCCUGUCCACAUAGAAGUGAAAGCAAGGAACAGUUUGGGGGUUUUGGUUUUUAGGCAAGAAACGUUUCAGGCAGGGUGUGUAUGCUUUCUUUGCCUUUAUUUUUCCUUUCAAAGAAAUCUCUUGUAAGUGACAAAACUGUGAAAUGGGUUUGCCAAAAAUGUUGACCUUCGUUAGAUGCUUCAAGCCGUGUAAACCCCAAAUGGAACCCUGUCCACACCUGCUCCUCGCCCUCUCCCCUGAGAGCAAGGAGCUCAUCCAACGAUGUAAUUACCAUUCGCUUGCUAUUAAAGAGCCUUCCGAACUCCGAA